AUGAUGAGGCGGAACCGCGCCAGCGAGCAUGCUAGACACGUCGAGGCCUGGUCCGCGUAUCUCGACCGCUGCUUGUGGAAGCGCCUCGACCACCACAAGUUCGAGCUGUACACGCCCAUCCAGUUCAAGGAGCACCCGCUGCCGCCCGCGGCCAUCGCCGACCUCUUCCUGCGGCCCCGGCGCAGUAAUCGCGACUUCAUCGACCCCAGCAUCCCCUGGUACCUCAACACCCUGCUGCACCUGCGCUACGUCGACACGCCGUCCGUCCUGCGCGCUCUGUACCGGUACUCGACGUCGCACACACAGUCCCGCAUGUCGCAGCAGCAACAAGACCCCGGGCAGAAUGGGCACGGGGAGCCGCAGAGGGAGGAAGGCGACCAAGGCAAGGCCGGGCGAUGGCGCAGCUCCUACGGCCACGAGGAGACCAUCUUCUACCGCCUGGCCAAGGCGGUCGCGCAAGAGGCCGCGAUCCGGUCGACCGCCGACGCCAUCGAGGUGUCGAAGCUGAUGGCGCGGUGGAUGGAGCUCUUCACGGCCGCCGCGAGCGCCUUCACGUCGACGGCCGGCGUCGACGUCAUGGGCCAGCUGCAGAUCACCCAGUCGCAGACCGAGAUGGAGAGCGCGCGGGCGGCGUUCGUCAUGCUGCUGCUCGGCGUGUGCGAGAACCAGGUCGUGCUGGGUGCGCUCCGUAAGGCGCUUGCCAAAGAUGCGCGAAAGGCGCUCUCGGAAAGCUUGAGCAAUUUCGUCCCCUCGAUCCAGUUGAGCAGUUCCCAGAUAGCAUCACGGCUGGAGCUGUUCCGCACCGAGACGCUGGCCGGGUUCGAGCCGGUCGACAAGAAGAAAGAGGCCGAGAACAAGGAUCUUGACGACCUGCUGGACUCGACAAUGGGCCUGGACAAUUUUGUCAUACCAGAAAUGCCUAUUGCGAACACGCGGCCGGGUUUGUAUGUUUACAUUAAUGCUGCGCUUGUUGGUCGCCCAUUGAUCGAUGACAUGGCGUUGGUCAACUAUUUGCACAAUCGAUAUGAGAAUGACGGCCAGAGCCUCGCUAUCGACCUCAUCCUGGCGUCAUUCGAUGUCCUCGCCAAUGCUGUCUUCCGCAAUGAAGGCCAGAAAUCAGCACACCUACUCCGCUCGUAUCUCAUCAACAAGCUGCCAUUGCUACUGGCAUCCUUGGCCGCAUCGCCACUACAUCCCUUCAACCCAGAAUACUGUAUCUCAGAAGCGCUAAGCCGGAUCGACACGAACGCCUUCCCGACAUUAUCCGCCAUGUUUGACGAUACAAGGAACAACAGCAAUACCUUCACCGACAGCGUUCGCCAAGACUUUUGCUGGGCGUGCUGCUUGCACGGGCUGGUGCCCGAAUCGAGCAUAGAGACGCUGCUUGGUGAAAUGACAUACCAGACUCUUCCCCAGGGCGGUCGGUACAUGAAGGAGAACCUGGUGCAGCAGUGCAUGGCAGAUCCGGAGAAGAUCCAGUCGCUCAUCGGGGAGCUUGACAACAUGGACGGCAAUGUCGGGGCCGUCUGCCAAGCACUGGCCGAGGUUCUGGGUCAGUUAUGUCGCAAUAAGGAGACGAUGUCACUGAAGAUGUUCUGCAGUCAACUGGCACGCAAACCUCUUGCUCUGGACGUCAUGUUGCUCUUUGAAAAGCCGGUGGCCAUUCUGCAGCCUCUUUGCGAGCUGCUGGACAGCUGGCGCUACGACGACGACCAGGGUGAGUAUCAACCGGUAUACGAAGAGUUUGGAGCUAUACUUUUGCUGCUCCUCGCCUUUGUCUACCGCUACAAUCUGUCGCUUGCAGACCUGGGUAUCCGCCCUUCGCCCGACUCGUUUGUGGCCAAGUUCAUUGGCAAGGGUCACGUUCAGAGGUCGCUCGAGGAGUUGACACCACAGGAGUCGGAGCACCUGGGUGGUUGGGUGCGCGGGCUGUUUGACAGCGAGGCCGCGAGCCUUAACAACGAGCUCAUGUCCUCGUGCCCGCCGCAGGAUUUCUACAUGCUGAUCCCCACCCUCUUCCAACAGAUCGUCACUGCUUUUAGGAGCGGCUAUCUGACGGAGGAGAGUCUGCGGGGUGGCAUCGAGUAUCUGGUGGACACGUUCUUGCUCCCCUCACUAGUGACGGCAAUCAUGUACCUCGCAGACGCGUUGUGGGUUGAUAAGACGGAGGAGCAGAAAGCUAUCGUACGGGUCCUCCAGAUGAUCCUACAACCCAACUCAAUCUCAAACGAGGCCUCGACCAUGUUCUCGGCGGUACUCAACAUGGUGGCCAAGCCUCUCGAGCACUCGCUACGGGUAUAUCAACGCCAGGACCCCAAGAGCCAGGAGGUCCAGCCGUUGUUGCAGGCACUCAAGGACAACAUCCCGCUGUCGCGACGGACGGGCGCCGCCGACAACAACGAGCUCGAGACAUGGACGAGCACGCAGCCCAGUGGCCUCGAGACGGCGGUCAAGCACACGAUGCAGAACCUGGUACAGUGGAGCAUCCACGCGGGCGUCAACACCAUGCCCACGUCGUACACGCAUCGGCAGAUGCUCGCCGCCCUGAGGCUGCUCGGCGCCCAGUGCGUCCUGCAGAUCGUGCUCGAGGAGCUGCGGGACCAGACGGCGGCCGGGACCGGCAGCCAGGCGUUUGACGUGGCGUGCGCGCUGGUCUGCGCGCCCGACGCCAACAACACGUCGUCGCCGUCGGAGAACAACAGCCACCACCUCAACGGCAUGGUGGACGCCGCGGGCAGACCCGGCGGCGCCACCGCCACGACGCCGGCGGAGCGGCGCGUCUCGCUGCGGGAGGCGCUCAAGCACCGGGCGGAGGAGUGGAAGAAGAUCCAGAAGCGCGACGGGCUGAUGGCGGAGACGGUGGUGCGGCUGUACCGCAAGGUGGAGGCGCAGAUGGUCAGCAGCGUGGCGCCCGCGGCGGCGGCGGCGGCGGACGCGGCGGCGGUGGAGCAGAUGAUGCAGCAGGCGGCGGCGCACCAGCAGCACCAGCAGCACCAGCCGGAGCCGGAGCUGACGCUCGAGGGCACGGGCGACCUGGACGUCGGGACGGCGCUGGACGACGCGAUGGCGGCGGCGGCGGCGGGGGGCGACGCGGGGGCCAUGUCGCUCGACGGGGUGGACCUCUCCGGGCUCGGGGACGCCGGGUCCGUCGGCGGCGGGGGGCUGGACCUCGGGGACUCGGACAUGUUUAGCGGGCUUGGGCCGCUGGAGGGCUGGGACAUGGACAUGGCGUAG